AUGGCUUUGUGGCCGCAUAGGCUACAAAGGGCUGCUACAUCAGCCCGAACAUUGGCUUCAACGCAGAGAGAUGCAGAGGUCAUAUUGGAUAUUUGCCAGGAGGUGUUGCCUUUUCUCGCAGCACACACGGAUUCAGUGCAUGAGGUAAAGGAGAAGAACCAGCGACUGCGCAGCAUCCUGAAGAAACUGCAUUGGCCGAGGCUACGGUCGUUUGAGGUCAACGGCAAGGUGCAUCACUUGCCUAUAGAUGCGCCAUGUGGAACAUCGCCUGCACAGGCUGCGCCUCCCACGACGACGCUGGAAUAUUUGACUGGAUUUUUUGAUGGUGAUGGAUGCGUAACUGCCGAUGGGAAAGCACUGUCAGGAUGCCGUGUGUCGGUGGGCCAGUCUGUGCAGAGAGCUGGCGUGCUUCUGCUGUUCCAAGAAAGGUUCGGUGGAAGGAUCAUCCGCAAUUGUGACGGUGUAGGACUCUGCCAACCAAUGCUGGCAUGGGGUGUGUGUGGAGAGCGUGCUAAGAGGGCAUCCCAUGCGCUAGCGACCCACAGCAUCACGAAGAGGAAGCAGCUUCUCCUUGCCGCUGACUGGCCGCAUGAUCGGCAUUGCCGAGUGGCGUUAACAUCUGAGUUGCAUGCUUUGAAGCAGCAAGAUUCCGCCACACCACGCCAGUGCACGCUGGAGUACUUUACCGGGUUGUUCGAUGCUGACGGGUGCAUUAAGAUUUCCACAAACGGUGCUCUUUGCUUGCAGAUUGGACAGAAGUUUGCAAGUGUCUUGCAAUGCUUGCAGGAUUUCUUGGCUCGGGACUUUGGCAUUGAUUCUCAGGUUCAAUCCUAUGGCAGUAUCACACGCUUCUACAUCAGUCGUACGUCAUCGUGUAAGCAUGUCCUGCAAGCUAUGUUGAGGGCAGGCCUGAGGUGCAAAGCAGAGCAGGCACAGCUGGCUUUGGGCCUCACAUCGUCGAAUGCAGCAGAAGUCCGGUCUGCCAUGUCUGAACUCGCUGGCAACCAGAGUUUCGGGAAGAAGCUGGAUGAGGAUGGCCUGCACAGAUCUCGAUUGAUUCGCAACGCACAUGGGCAGGCUAGACGGUAUGAGCGGCAAGGGAACUUGAUCGACACCCGCACGAAGUUGCAGGAAAUCACUGCUAUGAAAACCGAACACGAAAGAUGCAAUGCUAAGUUUGAAAACCUGCAGCUGAGCGAGUACAUCCGCAAGAUUCACCAUCGCCAUCGAGAAAGCCAUGUCAGCCAGGACGCUUCCCCUUGUUGA